CGGGGACUAAGUAUAUUCGUCACCAGCGAAACGGAAGACGUGCCUCACUAGUAAGACACGCGCUCAACAACAAAGACCAGCAUGCCGCAUGGCGACAUGAGGAAGCCUCUGCUGCAGACCUCCAGGGAGCCGGAGCCCCCGGUGGCUGACUCGGCUGGAGGCCCCGCGGUGGGCGUCCUCGGCACGGGGGACUUUGCGCGCUCGCUGGCCGCGCGGCUGACCGGCUCGGGCCGGGCGGUGGUGGUGGGGAGCCGUGACCCCAAGCGCUGCGCGGGGCUCUUCCCGCCGGGCGCGGAGGUGACCUCACAAGAGGACGCCGUCGCCCGCUCUGACCUGCUGUUCCUGGCGCUUUUCCCCGAGCACUACGGCACGCUGGGCCGCCUGCGGGCGGCGCUGGAGGGCAAGGUCCUGGUGGACGUCAGCAACGCGGUGGAGGUGAACCGCGGCGGGCCCUCCAACGCCGAGCAGCUGGCCGGACUCUUCCCCGACAGCAUCGUGGUGAAGGGCUUCAACGUCAUCUCCGCCUGGGCGCUGUUGGCUGGGCCUCGAGAUGGGAGCAGGCAGAUCCCGGUGUGCAGCGACAGCAGCCAGGCCAAGAGCACCGUCAUGCAGCUGGCCCGCAGCAUGGGCUUCGUCCCGCUGGACGCGGGGGCCCUGACGGAGUCCCGGGGGGUGGAGGACGGGCCCCUGCGGCUCUUCCCCUCCUGGGGCGGGCCCGUGCUCUGCUCGCUGGGCCUCUUCCUGCUCUCCUACACGUACAACUUCGUGCGGAGCGUCCUGCUGCCCUACGUGGUGAAGGGCGAGAACUACUUCUACCGGCUGCCCGUGGAGAUGGUGAACGCCACGCUGCCCGCCGUGGCCCUGGAGAUGCUGGCGCUGGUGUACCUGCCCGGCCUGCUGGCCGCCGGCCUGCAGCUGAGGCGGGGCACCAAGUACAGCCGCUUCCCCGGCUGGCUGGACCGCUGGCUCUGCCUGCGCAAGCAGCUGGGCCUGCUGAGCUUCCUGUGCGCCGCCCUGCACGCCGUCUACAGCCUGUGCCUGCCCAUGCGCAGGUCCGCCCGCUACCGGCUGCUCAACGCCGCCUUCAACCAGGUGAAGGCUGGCAUAGAGAACUCGUGGGUGGAGAAGGAGGUAUGGCGGAUGGAGCUGUACCUCUCCUUCGGCAUCCUGGCCAUGGGUGUGCUCUCUCUACUGGCAGUCACCUCCCUGCCCUCCGUGGGAAACUCUCUCAACUGGAGGGAGUUCAGCUUUGUGCAGUCCAGGCUGGGCUACACGGCGCUGGGCCUGGGCACCCUGCACGCCCUGACGUUCGGCUGGGACCGGGCCUUCAACGCGGGCUCCUACCCGUUCUACCUGCCGCCCAGCUUCAUGCUGGAGCUGGCCCUGCCGUGCGCAGUGCUGCUGGGCCGGCUAGGCCUGCUGCUGCCCUGCGUGGCCCGGAGGCUGUGGAGGAUCCGCCGGGGCUGGGACUCCCAGGCCCGCCAGGCCCGCUUCCAACUGCCCGGGGAGGAGAGCAACGGCGCCGUCACCGAACACGCCAGCAAUGUGUAACCAGGUCCACGUACACACAGCAGCCACAACAUUAAAACCACACCUGCCUGACAUUGUGUAGGACAGCUCUGACCCGUCGAGGCACGGACUCCACAAGACCUCUGAAGGUGUCCUGUGGUAUCCGGCUCCAAGAUGUUAGCAGCAGAUCCUUUAAGUCCUGCUAAGUUGCGAGGUGGGGCCUCCAUGGAUCGGACUUGUUUAUUGAGAUCUGGGGAAUUUGGAGGCCAAGUCAACUCCUUGAACUCUUUGUCAUGUUCCUCAAACCAUUCCUGAACAAUUUUUGCAGUGUGGCAGUGUGCAUUAUCCUGCUGAAAGAGGGGCCACUGUCAUCAGGGAAUACCAUUGUCAUGAAGAUGCUCUGACCAAGUCGUCUGACCAACACAUCAACUUCAAAAACUGACUGUUCAAUUACUGCUGAAUAUAUCCCACCCCUUUACAGGUGCCAUUGUAACAAAAUUAUCAAUUCACUUCUCCUGUCAGUGGAUUUAAUGUUGUGGCUGAUGGGUGUAUAUAUGUGUACAUAGCUGUAUAAAGGGCCCAUUUUACUUUUUACUUGAGCUAAGCUUUUUUCUAUGUGUGU